UUUUCCUUGACAUGUUCAGACUAGUGUAAAAAUUCUUGCACUGACCAAAAAUAAGCACACAUGUGCUAAUUAAAAAUGAGCAUCAAAAUAAUAAACAGUGAUGCCUGCACACCCUCACGUUUUGCAACAUCAAUGUUCUAUUGAUGAACUAUUAACAGAACUACUCUUGAAAACUAUGUAGGCGUUUUUAGAUUGUCUCAAAGUAAAACGGCGUUCACCUCUCAGGUAUGCAACCUGCAGGUGGAGUUCUAGAAUCUCUGGGUGGAGUUAAUCUGCCGCUGCUGUCACAUUUCUCUCGGUGAACUUUGAAGCCGAAACCCAAGCAAAGUGGACGUAGAUCCAGCAUGGCAACCGACUUCACCCAAGAGUCGGUGUUGAGCUAUCUACGAUGCAAUGGUGAACGAGUGAAAAAUGCGGAUUUACUCAAUCAUUUCAAAUACUACCUGAAAGAAGACGAGGACCGUGCGCAAAACAGGGAACAGUUCAAAAAGUUUGUAAACGCCGUAGCAGUGGUGAACCGCGAUGAUGAUGCAGUGGCAUAUGUCGUGCUCAGAAAGAAAUUCAGAGUGCCAGGCAGAGACGUUGCCAGCGGGCAGUGCCACAUACCGAAACACCUGGAGGAGAAACCCGAGAGUUCGAGGUCGAGGCACCGAGAGCGCUCGCCGAGGAGAACCGCCACCAGCCGAAGCCGCGAGAGGCGAAGGGUACCAGCCGGUGGCGAGGCAAGUUCAAAACCAAAGACAACAAACCGUCCACAUCAGGUUCCACCAACAGUCACUAAUAAGAGUAACAACGUCCUACCUGCUGCAGGUAUCGUAACUAACAACAAUAAUGCGGAGACUGUCAACUUAAAGAAAACUGACCAAAUGGCGCCUCAGCAACAAACGUGGGAAAUGAGUCCGCCAUCGUUGAUAAUCACAGUCAGUCCAGUCAGCCGUACUUUGAAACCUUCGCCCACGCCAGCUUUCAGCCCUCCUGAAUCGAAACGAUCAAGUGGGAGCGGACAAAGCUUUGAACAAACCUGGGACAAAGAGCCCGUGGGGACCGCAGGACAGCAGGUGCACAAUAGUGGUGACAUGGGUAAUCUGGGACAGUUGAGGGAAGCUGAUGGCUGCAGCAGCGCAGCUUUCUAUUCACCUCCCGAUUCUUCCCACUCUGAGUCUGACAUGACACGAUUUUCACUGGAUGACCUGAGUCAAUCCUCAGAGCUACUGCAGCAGGUGUACCAGAAGAGCUCAUCAGGAGGAGAGGGAUACAGACAUGGGACGAUGGCUUCAGCUGCCUGGCCUCUGCACUCCUCUCUGGGACUCACUCCGGGCAUUUCUAGCUCCUCUCCAUGUAUAGCUGAUGUGGCACCACCGCUCUCCAGAGCUGCUCAACCGAUAAUGAGUGCCAGUAAUGACUGUCUGACAACGCCAGUGAGGCGGCCGUCUCACUGCAUGAGAGGUGAGACUGCUCAGAUGCGCGCCUUAGCUGCGGUCAACACUCCGUUCCAGCGCCGCAGUCUCCCUCUGGACCCUUCUUACCCUGGGGACGACGUCUCCUCUGUUGCCUCGUACCCAGAGCUCUACCCGACUCCCCUGUCCUCCACCCAUGGCUGCCUGGCAGGGUCCGACUGUGAGUGGCCGUUCCCUCUGACCCAAUCACAGGCCUCCUGGAGUAGCGACGACAACCUGAGCCAACAGCGGGUCCUGGAAGGGGCACCUUCGUCAUCGUCGGAGAAGGUGAAGGAGACACUACGGCGGGCUGAAGAGGCCAAACUGCUGGCACUGAUGCACCGGCCGGUGCGUACCGUGGCCGGAGGCGCCCCCCACCAUCACCAACACCACCAUCGCUCCACGGGCUUCCUGGACCAGGAGAUGCCCUCCGACAGAGCUCAGACCCCCCCAGCAGGCUCCGCCGUGCCAGGCCGCCUGCUGAGGGUGCCCACCCAUCGGGGAAGCCAGCGCCUGCGGGGUCGCAUGACCCGGAGCCUGGGGGCCGGCCUGGACCAGGAGUUCCUGGAGGACACGACGACGGAGGCGGCGCGCCAGCACCGCCUGAUGAUCCUCUCCUCCUCCCUCAGCGUCAACUACCCUAUAGGUGGCACGGGUCUCCACACGUCGCCCAGCAGCCAAGACGUGUCCCUGUCGGGGGCCUCCAGCACCUCCAGCCUGACGCCCUGCCGCCUGGACCGGGCCUUCGUCCAGCGGACAUCCCCGGUGCCUCUGGAGCCCCACGAGCACGAGUGGAUGGUGAAGGCGGCGUCGGGCGACUGGCCCUCCAUCUACUCCCUGUUCCGCGACGACCACAGCCUGCUGGCCAAGAGGGACUUCAUCUCGGGCUACACCGUGCUGCACUGGAUCGCCAAGCACGGAGACCACCGCGUGCUCAACACCCUGUGGUACGGUGUCAACAAGGUGGGCAUGGCGCUGGACGUGGACGCCAAGACCACCUGCGGGUACACUCCUUUGCACAUGGCCGCCAUGUACGGCCACAAGAAGCUCCUCCGCAUCCUGGUGCUCAAGUUCAAGGCUGACGUGCGGCUGAGGGACACCAGCGGGCGCAGGGCCUGGCAGUACCUGGAAGGGGAGGACACGCCGCCGGACCUGCUGCAGAUGCUCGGAGCACCAAAGCAGAAGAAGAAGAAGAGGAUGAUGACGGCGAAGAGGCCGUGCAGCAGGGAUGGCUCUCCACACCGUCACCACGACGACGGGGGGUCAUCGGAGCAGCCCACCACCUCGACAACCACAGUCAAGAGGCACUCGUCUCUGGCUGCCUUGUUCAAGCACAAGCACUUGGCAAGGUUGACAGGGCACACGGAGAUGUCUGUUUAAAGCCAGCAGAAAGGACCCUGAUGCGACACUGAAGGACGCCUUUUGUUGUAUUCUCUCUUCACAGACAUUGUAUCACUACAACCAGGGCUCUAAAUUAACACCAGACAACUGGCCAUAUGCUGGUGAAAUUUCAGUUUGGCUGGUAGAAGAGGCAGACUUACUAGCCACUUUGACACAUUAGUGGGUGUGUGUUUGUCUAGUAAGAUUGACAUCUACUAGCCAUUCUGGCUGGUGAUGGAAAAAGUCAAUUUAGAGCCCUGAAAACAACCAACCACUACCCAAGACUUAAUCCCUACCUCUGACAGCCUUGUCCGACUGGAAUGAUCCCAUUGGCAUUCCCACCUGUCACUGUAAAUAUUUCACACGAUAUUCAAGGCUAUGGACAUGUUUAUAUAUUUUUAUAACCACUUGUUAAUAUUGUUCUAUAGAUUUCCACAAAUUGACAAUUGAAAAUCACAUGCUUGCUUAAUGCAGAUCCUGCAGUAUAUUCAACUGCAAAGGGAUGUAAACCAGAGUGUGUGUGAUUUAAUGUCUUUAAUGCCAUUGGUUACACUUGGUGAAUGAAGUUUGGCCAGUUGGUGAACAGCACUUCUCUGUACUGGAACAAGAGGGACAGGCCAUCUUUACACACAAACGCUCAUGUUUUUGUAAUGCCAUUGGUUACACUUGACAAAUUAAUUUUGGCUGGUUG